AUGAAUCAAAAUGGAGAAAUAAAUACAAAAAAGAAUGAAGGAAAGAAUAAAGAACAAAAUAAGGAUGGAGAUAAAAAAAAAGUUAAAAAAUUGAAUGAUGAUAAAGAAGAAUUAUUAGAAAAUGGUGUAACUAAUGUAGUUGGAGAAUUUGAUGAUGAAAAGGAAGGCAACGAAGAAAUGAAUAUUUUUGAAAACAUUACUGAGAAAAGCAAGAAGAAGAAAGAUACUAAGAAAAUGAAGAAAAAAAAAAAAUUAGAAAAAAUGAAAAACUUGAAUAAUAAUACGAAUAAUGAGAAAGAUGAAAAGGAUUUUAUAGAAAUGUAUAAGAAAAAAGAUAUAAAAAAAAAAAAAAAAAAAAAUAUAAAGAAGGAUAAAAAAAAAACUAAAGAUACCGAUUAUGAAGAUACUGUUGUUAGUAGUGAAAUUCAUGAUAUAAUUACAGGGACAGGUGAUAACAGUAAUAUAUAUAUUAAUGAAGAAAUUGAUGAAAGUGAUGAUGAGUAUAAUAUAAAUACUCUUGGAAAUUUUGACCUUCAGAAUUAUGAGGACUUUGAUAUCAUUGGUUAUGAUAUUGAGGGAAAGAAAAUCUACAAAAGUGAUGAAAAUCUAAUUGAUGAUUUUAUAAAGUCUAGAAAAGAUGAAAAUUAUUGGAGAACAAUAAAAGAUGUUAAAAAUAAUCGUGUUAUUCAAUUAACAGAUGCGGAUCUGCAAAUAAUAAAGAGUAUAAGGGAAAAUAAAGUUGCAACUGUUUUGAAUGAUGCUAAUUAUAUAUAUGAAAAUGAUAAGGAAGAAUAUAAAUUAUAUCCAUCUGGUAUUAUAAAUCCAAAGAAAAAUGAAGAAAAUGGUUCUGUUCAUGAAAGAAAGAAAAUUUUAAAAAUUAUGAAAUAUUUAAGAAAUAAAGAAAAGUAUCCAGAAAGAUAUAAAGAUAAGAAAGAAAAUGAUGAAGAUAAUUUAUAUGAUUUAUGGAAUAAUAGAAUAUAUGAUGAAUUUAAUAAUAUCAAUGAAAUCAGUUUACCACAUAUAUUACCUGGACAUAAAUACAGUUACAACCCACCACCUGAAUUAAUGUUAAGUUCAUCAGAAAAAAGAAAUCUUUUGAAAAAUAAUAAAGAUGCAUUCAUUCCUCAAAAUUUUAAAAAUAUUAGAAAUAUUGAAUAUUAUAAAAAGACAUAUUUUGAUUUAUAUCAAAGAUGUUUAGAUAUAUAUUUAUGUUCAAGAUCAUUGAAAAAUGUAUUGCAUAUAAAUAAAGAAGAUUUACUACCAAAAUUACCUUCAAAAAAAUCAUUGAAACCAUAUCCCGAAUGUGCCUUUAUUCAUUAUAUUAGUAAAGAACAGGAAGAUGAAAAAACUAUAGAUGAUAUUAAUAAUAUGAAGAUGAAUAAAUGGAUCUCUUCAUAUUUAUAUCCUAUAGAUGUAAAUGAAAAUGAUCAUUGUGUUUAUACUAUCUAUGAUAAUAAAUUGUGUAUUUUUGAUAUUCUUACAUCAUACAAUAUAGCAACUAUAGAUUUAUUGCAUUAUUUUAAAUCGAUCCGUCCUUUAAAAACAAAAAAGAAGUCAAUAGAUGAAGAUAUUCAUAGCAAUAUCAUAAUCAAAGUGAAUAAGGCUUAUUCAAUUUUAGCUAUAUCCUAUUCGAAUGUUGUAUUCAUUUUGCAUUAUGAGACAUAUGUUCCACCUGUUAAAUCGCAAUGUGAAACAGUGGUAGACAAUAUAUAUGAUACGAAUAGCGAUGAAAAGAGAAAAAAACAAAAAAGUGGGGAAAUUAAUAUAAUUAAAAUGAAUAAAUCAAAAAAUGAUGCUCUUGAAGAGGAGAGUAUUUCAGAAGGAGAUGAUAAUUUUGAUGAUGAUGGUGAUGAAAAUUUUGAUGAUGAUGAUGAUGAAAAUUUUGAUGAUGAUGAUUAUGAAAAUUUCGAUGAGGAUGAUGAUAAUAUGGAAAGUGAUGCAUCAUAUGAUGCUGGAACAAAUAAUAAUACAGAAAAUACAAAUAAUGAUAAUAUAUCAAAAAAGAAGAAACAGGUACACCUUAAUAGAAAUAUGGUAUAUAACAAAACGAAAGGAUUACUUAGUGCUUAUCAUAGUAAUUUUAAAAAUUCAGAAGAAUAUUGUUAUUCUAAAGAUUUAAAUGUAAAAUGGAUGCUUCUUAAAUCUAACCACAAGAAAAUAAAAUAUUGUGUUGCUAUUAAACAUGAGGGAGAGAUAAAACACAUUUCAUGGAAUAACAAUGGUAAUUAUUUAUCUGUUACAUGUAUGAGAAGUCUUGGUCAAUAUAAUCACUGUUAUUUACAUCAUAUGAAAUCUAUGAAAUCUAUAAAGCUGAUAAAAAAAUAUAAGCAGAAAAGGGGAAAUAUUAUUAGUACAAUGUUCUUUCCAAAAAGCCCUUAUUUUAUGGUUGCCUUUGAAAAUAAUAUAAUAAUUUAUAAUUUAAAAGCCACUAAUAAGAAAGAACGAAUUUUUAAGAAACUGAGGGGUGUACAGAAUAUAACAAGUAUGGAUGUACAUAGAAAUGAAAGUUAUAUAUUAGUUUCAGAUUCUUUAGGAAACGUUUUUAUUUUUGAUUUAGAUUUGUCAUGUAAUCCUUAUAAAAAAUUUCAUUUACAAGAAUGUCCAUUGAAAAAAGUACAGUUUCAUAAAUCUUAUAAUUUAUUUUAUUCCUUAAGUGAUAAUGGAAAAAUAAAUUUAUUUUAUUCUAAGUUCUUUCAAGAUUAUAUAACAAACCCAGUUUUAUUACCGAUCAAAGAAAUAUCGAACGAAUCAAAAAUAGUGGAUAUUGUAUGGUCAGAAAACAAACCUUGGUUUUUUAUCUACACCCAAAAUAAUUUUUCUGUUUUAUAUACUUAG